GCGAGCAAAGUCUCUAGAGUCUAGACUCCACGCACCUACCUCCCCCAUUCCUCCAGGCAGGCCGCAGCGCUAGCAGAUCCACCACCGGCGCGCGCGGGGGACGAUGGGCGUCGUCUCGGCGGCGGCGGACUUGGCCGUGGCGGUCUUCUCGCUCACCAUCGCCGUCGCGGCGCCGAUGAUCGACGCGCAGUCCGUCCUCCCGCCGGGCCUCCACCCGGCGCCGCUCGUGGAGCUCAAACGCUGGUACGACGCCGAGUACGGGGACUACCUCAUGGCCCGGCCCCCCGGCUUCUUCCGCGGCAUCAUCUGCCUCGAGCUCGCCUUCCAGUGGCCGCUCGCCGUCGCCACCCUCUACGGCAUCCUCACCCGCCGCCGCUGGGUCGCCACCACCUCCCUCAUGACCGGCGUCUCCACCCUCACCUCCAUGUCUGCCAUACUUGGUGAGCUGUUAAGUUCGGGCAAAGCGACACCAAAAUUGCUUCAGGUGUAUGUUCCUUUUGCCGCUUUUGCCGUCAUUGCGAUUCUACGUGGACUUUGCUCAUGCUCUCCACGUACUACCACUGGUUCAUCAGUUGGGCCUUCUACUCGGAAGAAGAGAGUCUAGUAUGUGGCACUUGGAGAAAUAUUUGGGUCCAGAAAGAGUUCGCCUCUUGUACCUGAGAAGAAGAGGAUCUGGAUCAGGUUCCUAUUUCCCAGUAUUUCAAGGUUCUUUUGGGGAUAUUCAUAAUCUAUGCUAGCAUAUGUUAAAAAGACAGGCAAUAUAGAGCCAAUUUCUGCAGGAUUUGUCUCCCAUUUCCCCUGAAAAGGCCUAUUUGUAUUGACUUUAUAUGCAAUUUUCGUCUUGGACCACGUCCUGGUAAUUAAAACAUUGUUUUAUUUACUUGACCCGAUUCAACC